GUCCGACUUAAACCACGGCGCGCAGUAUGUUUCAUAUCUCACAGAUACGGUAAACUAUCCGCUUUGUACAUUUUAGUCGUUGAAAAAGUAAAAUGGCAGCACUUUAAGAUUCUUUGGAGCGUUGGCGUGAUACUUCUUUUACCCCUGGAAAGAGGAGUUCGUCUUGUAAUUACGAACUGGGCUUCCCCAGAUUUCAUCAUGUCCCAGACCAACACUUCUCUCCUGGACGAGGUGGUGCAGUGGAGUCAGGAAACCUGUCGCCAGGAGCUCAAGUCUGUCCUGCCAAAGCUCACUUCGUUGCAUUAUCAGUCUGACAGUUGGGAUGAUCACAUACGUAUAUUGAAGAUAAUUACAGACAUGUUCCUCCCUCAUAUUGGUUUACGAGACCUGGAAGACGAGUGCUUCUCCAAGAUCUUACCAAAGGUUGUGACAGUGUUUGAUAGCAUGAUGAAAGAAAUCAUGGAGCAAGCUGGUGGACUUUCGAGUCAAAAUACUGAACUUUGUGCCUUACUAAGGAACAUACUACAGGCAAUGAUGCAGAUAAUUGAUGCACUAUCUGCUUGUGUGCGUCAUGUUGGCUCACUGGAAGAUACCCCUGACCUGGAUUCUAUCCGCUCACUACCAGCUUGUAUUCUGAAAGUCCUGAAAGAAACAUUUCAGCACUGCAAGGAUAGCGAGGUGGUUUACUGCGGCCGUCUCUCCCUUGUUGCUGACUUGCUUCAGGGACUAUUCAAGGAGGCCUAUUCCCUUCAGAAGGGUCUUCUGGAGCUGCUAGAUAAGAUCUCUUUGGACAGCAGUGCCUCAGAGGAGGACGUCUCUGAUAUUGUUACAGUGAUUCAUAGUCUGCUGGAUAUCUGCUCUGUUAUCUCCAACCUGGACAUAGCAUUGCAUGCAAACACAUGGAAGUUCCUCAUCAAAAUGAGUCUGAAGAACCAGUCAUUGGUUGAGGAGCAUCUACAUCACAGUGACAUCAGUAACAGCCUGUGUGACAACCUGCUGAGCUCCUUCCACAACUGUGUGGAGCUGGCUGAACAGAUUAAACAUGCAGGUCUGCAGGAGGCCACGCAAAGUCCAGAAUACAAGUUGUUCCAAAAAACUGCAAAGAUGUGCAGAUUUUUUGCCAACACUUUGAUUCAUUACAUAAAGGAAUUCAGAUAUUUUCUAACCAAGUGCUGUAGCUGCUUCCACCAGCUCUACCUGCAGAUCAUCAGUAAAUUCCCUCCCAGCUUAAGCACUCCAGAACUGCCUGUAGCUUUAUCUCAGGAGUUAAAUGCAGCAGCUCUAGUUCCCAUGGAAGCCUUCUUGCUUCAGCUGCUGCCUUUAAGACCUUUUGCUGAAGUUGUCCUCCAGGAGAACUUGCGUUUAAAUCCUGAACAUGAGCUUCCUCACUGUCUGUUGCUGGUGAGCAUCAUGGGACAGCUGGCUGGCCAACCUGAGGAGGUGCUUCAGCUUUGGUACACAGGGAGUCAGUUUUCAGAAGAAAAUCUCAGGCUUCCUCUCUUCCAGGCCGUUUUCACUAGUUUCCGGCGAUGCUGUGUGGAACGUAAGGUCCCAGUGCUGUUGCCGGGGGUGAUGUUGAAGGGUCAGGCACAGAUCCAAGUCACUGUGCACCAACACAUCUGUGUGCAACUCUGUGCCAGUGUGGCUUGGCUUCCCCCUGUAUAUUUUCCUGUACUGGAAUGUUGCUUGGUUGAUGCUGUACUUCAGGCUGAUACUCAAACAGCUCUAUUGGCAACAGAUGUGUGGUGCUUUACAGCACGGUAUGGGACAGCAGAACUUUGCCUACAUCAUGUCCUCCUUAUUGCUCAGCUGGUGAAAGUUUGCGGCACUGAGCGUUACCAGUCAUUCCAUCUGGGCAUGUUGCUGAAACGCAUGGUUUUCCUUAUGACAUCAAGCCACCAGAUGGAGCUGGUGUCACAUUUUCCUCCCUCUGAGGUGGAAAACCUUCCAGUGUGGCACCAUGUCCUGCUCAGAGCUCUUUCACAGGACGUCCGUCACCAAGUAGUGACAGAUGUUAUUGGCAUAACUCAAAAAGUCCUGACUGACUGGCAGAAUGGAGGAUACAAACUGGGACAAAUCAACAAAGUGAAUGCAGUGCUGAUGUCUCUCCUAUCAGUGGUUCGAGGCCAGUCCUCCCCUGAAGAAGAGUGCGUGUUGUCUUCUGUGAGGAUAGUCUCACAGCUUUGGUUACGAAUGAGUCCAGACCAGUUGCAGACCCACCCCGUGCUCCAGUGGAUGCUGCAGCUGCUCUUGUCACUGUCAGCUGUUUUAGUGACGCACAUUGAACCUCACAUCAUUUGUCAGGCUCUGGUGUGUCUGGAUGCUGUGGUUUCUCAAAAGUGUGCAGAUUGGUUACUCCUGGCUGCUUUGGAGUUUCUCUCUUCACUGGGGAAGAUUUUUGUCCCGCCUGACAGCCAGAGUCAAAUUCUUCCAAAGCUCAGUAGCCUGUUUGGAGCCCUUUUGGCUGACAAGUCUUGGCUGUUGCAUCAGCACGCCCUGGAGGCCUUUUCUCAAUUUGCAGAGAGUACAAACCAUGAAGAGGUAAUUUCUCAGAGUUUGUGUGCAGAAGACACCAAGACCAAAGUGGUUAAUUAUCUCAGCAAGACUGUGAACGUGCAGGAAGAUAAUGAGUCACGGCUUGAGAGGCUCAAACAGGAGACACUAAUGAUCAAGCAACACAAUGAAAAGCUGGAGUGUAAAAAAGAAAAUGUUUUGAAUAAACCACCUCCUGAAGGGUUUUCAGAUUCAGAGCCGUGCCCAAAGAGAGCUCGACAGGAGACCAGUGCAGAGCAGGAGUACGGCCGAUUUAUCCAGACAGCCGAGAGUGCUUUAAAAGCACUUCAGGCUCUCAUUGAGGGUAACACUAACAGUAGUGCACCACCUCCACAGUGGCUGGAAUCCAGACUACAGGAACUGCAGACCCUCCUAACCCACAUCACUACAGUCAGACACAAAACCUAGUAGCUCCAGAUAGUUUUCCAGCCUCAGGACAUUUACUUCCUGUACAGAAAUGCUGAAGAUGUUUCCACACAAAUUGGUGCUGCUAAAAAUGGUUUUGCUCCUCUUUUUUAUUAACUGUCAAUUCUUGUUCCUUUUUAUUAAACUUAUUUCUGAAACU